AUGCCUGCAUUUCCCCGCCUCGACUCUGUAAGCGCGCAACGCCACGAAACGCAAGGGAUGGCGGCGCUGCUGCCGAGAGAUAGCGCGCAGGAUGCAUUUCAGAAAGUCGUCAUCGAGGCCUGGACAUUGCUGGCGACUGCGCUGGCAAUUACGGCCCUGCGAAUAGGCUUUCGCAUAUCGGCGCUUGGGAUACGAAAUCUGGGAUGGGAUGACUACCUCGUCUGCAUUGGAGCGAUUUUUUACGUGGCCGAGACGACCUUGGCGUUCAGUGUCGGCCACGUCGCGCACGGUUUAGCGAACGGAGGCAUGACAGACGAGGCAAGGGCAGCACUCUCGCCAAAUGACCCCGAAUACAAACUUCGCGUGAUUGGAUCGCAGAUACAAAUAGCAGGCUGGACGACAUACGGCACCAUGCUUUGGCUAUACAAAACGUGCAUGCUAAUAUACUACAUGCGAUUGACGUCGGGUCUGCACAAAUCGUACAAGAGGCAGAUUUACCUUGGGUUUGCACUGCUCGGCUCUACCUAUUUGGUUCUUGGCGCGACCGUCUUCUUGUCGUGCCGCCCCUUUCAUAAAUACUGGCAAAUUUAUCCUGAUCCAGGCAAUGCCUGCCAACCCGCGCUUUCGAUUCAGAUAAUCUGGAUGAACCUAGCUCUCAACGCUUCGACCGAUUUAUAUCUCAUGUCGAUUCCAGUGCCAAUGCUGUGGAAAUCUGGGCUGAAAUUAUCAAGAAAAAUAGCAUCCACAAUUUUGUUCACUUCUGGCGCGUUCGUCGUCGUGUGCGCGCUGUUGAGAAGUAUCUUGAUCACCAUUGAUCCAAUAAACGGCCCCCAGACUGCAGGUGUCUGGGGUGUACGAGAAUCGUUUGUGGCCACGGUCGUCACGAACCUGCCCAUCAUCUUUCCGCGGCUAAAGGUGCUUUUCAAGCGGCAUCUCACUCCCAUCUUGUCGCUCCGAUCGUCGAGAUCGGGCCAUUCCGCAACAGGGUUCCGGACAAUUGGAGGCGGGGAUGGCAACGGCGGUGCCGGCGUGCGACAUCGCCGCAAUCCGCCCCAGAGCGUCUACCCGUUGCCGACAAAGCUAACGGUCACGCAGAGCGCAGAGCAGCUGGUGGACGAAGGCAUCGAGCUGCAGAGUGGCAAAUCCCCCGCGCCGUCGGAGAGGGCUACGGGAGAGCCGCAAUCCACACGGGCAACGACAGCCAGCGCACGCGACACCGAGGCUUCUGUGUCUGGCAGUGCAUGCGCUGAGCGAGGAGGGCCAUAA